GAUCACACGGGUGCGUCGCUCGAAAGGGUAUGUUUUCUUUUUGGCGAAAAGCACAUUUCAUUGAUUAGUGCCACUGUCGUUGUUCGUUUGUUCCUACGAGCGAGGGUAGGAAGACACAGUGAAGGAAAAGAGGGAAAAUGGCGACUCCCCCGAAGCCAUGGAAAGCUGAAUAUGCAAAAUCGGGAAGAUCUUCAUGUAAAACCUGCAAGACUCCUAUUGCCCAAGAAAAACUCCGUCUUGGCAAAAUGGUUCAAGCCACUCAAUUCGACGGUUUCAUGCCCAUGUGGAAUCAUGCUACUUGCAUAUUAAAGAAGGCGAAACAAAUAAAAUCUUGUGAUGAUGUGGAAGGCAUUGAAACACUUCGUUGGGAAGAUCAACAGAAGAUAAGACAGUAUGUUGAAGGUGGUGGCAUUGGGUCCCAAUCCCAAUCCCAAAGUUCAUCUGCUCCUCCUCCUCCUCCUGAUGUUACAAAAUGCACAAUUGAAGCUUCAAAAACUGCUCGUGCUACUUGUAAAAUAUGCAAUGAAAAGAUCAUGACAGGAGAGGUUCGUAUAUCUAGUAAGCCAGAAGGUCAAGGUGCUAGAGGCUUAGCAUGGCAUCAUGCUAAAUGUUUCAUGGACUCUUCUCCAAAUACUCAACUUGAAAAAAUGGUUGGGUGGGAAAGCCUAUCAGAUUCUGAUAAGUCAACCGUUCUUUCAAUGGUCAAGAAGGAGGUUUCAGCCACCAAAAAAGGAAAAGGUGAAGUGAAGGAGGAGAAAGAGACUGUAAAAGGUGGCUCUAAACGUAAAGGAGCCGUUGACCGUGAUCAAAAGUCAAAGAUAGCCAAGACUGAAGAUGACCCUUUGACACCAAAAACAUCAAAAAGCAGCAACAAUUUAGUGGAUCAUAGUCUACUAGAGGCCCAAACAAAAGAAUUAUGGGCUCUUAAAGAUGAUCUUAAAAAACAUGUAACAACUUCAGAGAUGCGUGAAAUGCUGGAAGCUAAUAAUCAAGAUUCAUCUGGACCAGAACAUGAACUGCGUGACCGCUGUGCUGAUGGGAUGCUUUUUGGAGCACUUGAGAAUUGUGCACUUUGUUCUGGGCAUCUUCACUAUUCUGGAGGUAUGUACAAAUGCAGAGGGUUUCUAACCGAAUGGAGCAAGUGUGCUUACUCCACUUCAGAGCCUGAACGUUUCAAAGGAAAGUGGAACAUUCCGGAAGAAACAGACAAUAAGUAUCUGUUGAAGUGGUUCAAGACACAAAAGGUGAAAAAACCUGUUCGGAUAAUGCCUCCACCUUCAGCUAGCACUCCUGGAAAAUCAGCUGGUAAUGGGUCGACUCAGUCAGCCCACAGUGAGAAAUUAGGGGAUCUAAAAGUUUGUAUUUUGGGUGUUCCAUCUAAAACUAUGGAUGAGUGGAAAACAAAAAUCGAGAGUGUGGGUGGAGAACUUCAUGCAAAAAUCAAGAAAGACACAAGCUGCUUGGUGGUAAGUGGAGUACCGGAUAAUCUGAAUGCUGAGAUAAAGAAAGCAAGGAGGAUGAAAGUACCUAUAGUAAGGGAAGAUUAUCUGGUUGACUGCUUUUCAAAACAGAAGAAACUUCGUUUUGAUUUGUAUAAAAUUGAAGCCACUGAAGAGUCAAAAAGCAUGGUGACUGUAAAAGUCAAAGGACGAAGUGCAGUCCAUGAAGCAUCUGGUUUGCAAGAUUCUGGGCAUAUUUUGGAGCAUGGAAAAAGCAUUUAUAACACAACUUUGAGCUUAUCUGACUUAUCAACUGGCAUCAACAGUUAUUAUAUCCUCCAGAUCAUUGAAGAAGAUAAAGGGUCAGGCUGUUAUGUGUUCCGGAAGUGGGGUCGAGUUGGCAAUGAAAAAAUUGGAGGAAAUAAGUUGGAAGAAUUGAGUAAGUCUGAUGCAAUUCAAGAAUUUAAACGAUUGUUUCUUGAAAAGACUGGGAAUUCAUGGGAGGCGUGGGAACAGAAGAAACUUCAGAAGCAACCCGGACGAUUCUACCCCUUGGAAAUUGAUUAUGGGGUGAAUAAAGAUUCACAUCAGAAGAACAAAAUUAAAGAUGCUAAAAGCCAACUUGCUCCUGCUUUAGAGGAGUUGAUGAAGAUGUUGUUUAAUGUGGAAACAUACAAAGCUGCAAUGAUGGAGUUUGAGAUUAACAUGGCGGAGAUGCCACUUGGGAAGCUUAGCAAAAGUAAUAUCCAGAAAGGUUUUGAAGUACUGACAGAGCUUCAGAAUCUGUUGAAAGAGGCAGCUGAUAACCCUCUAAAAGAAAGCUUGAUUGUUGAUGCCAGCAACCGAUUUUUCACAGUCAUUCCUUCUGUUCAUCCACAUGUAAUCAAGGAUGAGGAUGACUUCAAAUUAAAGGUCAAAAUGUUGGAAGCACUUCAGGAUAUUGAAAUAGCUUCAAGGCUAGUAGGGUUUGAUGUGGACAAUGAUGAUUCACUCGAUGAUAAAUAUAAAAAGCUUCAAUGUGAAAUGGUCCCACUCCCUCAUGAUAGUGAAGAUUAUCAGUUAGUUGAGAAGUAUCUCCAAACUACACACGCCCCUACACACACGGAUUGGGCACUUGAACUGGAAGAAGUUUUCACAGUUGAAAGACAAGGGGAGUUUGAUAAGUUUGUUCCAUAUAAAAAUAAACUCAAGAACAAGAUGCUCCUUUGGCAUGGUUCUCGUUUGACAAACUAUGUUGGUAUUUUAAGCCAAGGAUUGCGAAUAGCUCCCCCUGAAGCUCCUGCAACCGGCUACAUGUUUGGAAAAGGGAUUUAUUUUGCUGAUUUGGUGAGCAAAAGUGCUCAAUAUUGUUUUACUGACAAGAAAAAUCCGGUGGGCUUAAUGCUAUUAAGUGAAGUUGCUUUGGGAGAGAUGUAUGAGCUUAAGAAGGCCAAGUAUAUGGACAAACCUCCAAAAGGGAAGGACUCGACUAAAGGACUUGGGAAGAAGAUCCCUAAUGAGUCUGAACACAUUAAGUGGAAGGAUGAUGUUGUUGUGCCAUGUGGAAAGCCGAUAUCAUCAAAUGUUAAGGCAUCCGAGUUGACGUAUAAUGAGUACAUCGUCUACAACACCGAUCAAGUUAAGCUGCAGUUCUUGCUGAAGGUACGGUUUCGUCACAAGAGUUGA